AGCUACGACUUCAUUCGGUUCGGCGGCGGGGUAAAAGUGGUGGUUAUGGGCUGGUGGUGGGGCAGCCGGUGAGAGAAGAAGAAUCGCGGGCGCCUCGGGCUGAUGCGGGACUGAUGUCAGCGACCGUGAAUCGAUGACGGAAGGGUCCGGGGCCUCAGGGGUGAACAUUAUGCCUGUUAUGCCCCGUUCGGAGCCCCUUAGCCUCGGAUCAUGGCUGCGAUGGGAGGUUCUGUUGCGUCCGGGGGUGGAUCUAUCAAGCAAACGUUCCGAUAUUUCUCGUCUAUGGAAAGCCGGCUCGCUCGUGGGGACAACCCCGCCUACAGAAGAUAUUGGAGCUCGUGCCUGGUUCAAUCCCGAAAAAAACACUGGUGUAUUCCUUUUUUGUCGACAUGGUUUAUCGAUCAAUGCAAUUGACUCCGGUGUACCCACGUUGCUGGACGAAGAUGACCUAUACACCACCCAUGAGAGGAAGAAUAACAGGACCCCCAAAGCUCAUUUACAGCGCCCAGUAAGCACAAAACAACGCAGGGGAAGAAAUAAUGGCAGACAAACGAGGGAAGAAACGAUUGAGAACCUUGUGGGAGCCAAAAUAUGAGCCCGCUUUACCCUUACUCUUCCUCCGAAGAGUUGGUCAACGACAGAUACGCAGUCCAGGCGAUACCGACGGGAAAAGAAGCACGCCAGACCUGGUGAUGUCAUUAGCAAACAGAAAGCGCGUUCUUCUACCUCUGGAGACGCUUAAUACCGAAAGGAGCGAACAU